UUUUUUUUUGCCACCUCAUCGGCUUAGGGCCCUAGGGAGGGACGGAGGAGGGGGGAAAAAGGCGCGUUAGCGAGUCGAGUCGAGUCGAGCGAGUUGUUGUGGUUGCGUGCAAGUCAUCCCUACCCAGACCAGGUCGGGUCAGGUCAGGCAUCCGUCCGUCCUCUUUUCCCCCUCUUCCCCGUCCAGUUCUUUCUUCUCUCCCGAGCCUAACCAAUUCUAUCGUCACGCGACGAGAACGGCCUGGCAGGAGUAAUAACUGUAGACAGACACUGGUAGGUAACUGGUUGAUGGGACAACCGCGUCCCCUCGUACAGCGUGUGCGUGUCACACACACACCCCGACGCUGGGUUACUAUCACACGAUGUUCCCACGCGCAGGGUCAGAUGCGUGACCUCGAACCGACCCGAACCGAGCGAGGGGGGGGGUCCAAAGGGGAAAAGAAGGGAGCAGAGAGGGCGGACUUGCGCCCAGAUCUCCAUCAACCAGGUUCGACGGCGCCUGCAUCCGAGGAUCCUGCCGUCGGACAGACAGGGCAAGCUGAGCAGGGCUGCUGCUAUCUAUCUGUCGUUUGUUUGUCUGUCCUGCCCUUCUCGUUGCGCCACGUCAUUUUCUGGAAGGAGGAUCUGUACCCGAGCGGUUCUUUCUUUCUUUCUUUCUCUCUGCCCUUCUUUUCACCACGGACAGCCAAGCCACCGAACCGCCGCCCAAUGCAAUGCAGUGUGCCAUCCCCGUUGACGGACCACCCGAGGCCCCGAGGCCCUCAGGCCCUCCAAGCCCCAAAGUGGCCGAGGAUGCCCAGAUCCUCCUCGCAAAGGCUGUGCGCUCAUAGGCCAGGCGCGCUCACGUGACCGGGGGCGUAUGCGGGCGGAUCGAUGAUCCCAGUUAGCAUGGCCUGCUUCCCGUCUUGCUCUCCCCGGGCGGCGCGGUAACUAGCGGUCGUCUAAGAGCAAGGUCAGGUUAGUACUGUAGCACUUGUACUGGACAUAGGCCGAGUAGGUAAG